AAAGUCUUGGCUCUCUCCCCCACAAGCAGCAUCUCCACCUCGUAGGCGACGAUGCAGUCGGGGUACUCCGUAUGCGACUCCAUCUCUCGCCGUUGAGCGAAACUUCGCCGCUGAGAUUUUCUGCUCCAUCUAAAAUUGUAAUAACGAAAAUAAUCAUGGCCGCACUAGAUUGCAGCCGGCGCGCCCCCUAUAGCUUCCAACUAUGAGCCCCUCACGCCAUUUUUUUUCUGGCCAUUACUUCAUAACUCGCAGACAUUCUCUAAGCCUUGGAAAUAUUUCAAUGUUGUUUUUGGUUUGAUGGAGUUUGAAAUUUUAUAGGAAAAAAAGAAAGAAUAAAAAAGAAAAAGAAAAAUCCAAGCCUUUUCCUCUUGAUAUUUUUCUUCUUCUUGCUUUCCUUUUCCUCUUCCUCUUGUCAUUUCCGGUUAGCAAGCAGCAUGCCAUAUAGAAUAGGUGUCGACGUUGGAGGAACCAACACGGACGCGGCUAUUUUGGACCUCAAGGCCCUCGAUGAGCCCGGACGGGGAGUCCUAGCAUCAUGGAAGGCAACAACCACCCCUGACAUCACCAGCGGUGUAGAAGCCGCCAUCAGAGAAGUCCUCGAUCAAUCCAAAGUCGAAAAGUCUCGCAUCCUCAGCGUGACCAUUGGUACAACACAUUUUAUCAAUUCUCUCAUCGAAGCUGAUGCCAGGAGACUGGACCGAGUCGCUGUGUUCCGGUUGUGUGGCCCGUUCACAAAGCAAAUCCCCCCCUUUUCGGAUUUCCCCCUCGGACUUCGCGGCAUCCUUGAUGGAGGCGUCCACUACUUAGAUGGAGGACUGGAGAUGGAUGGGAGAGAGAUAGCUCCCUUAAAUCCACGGCAAAUCCAGGAGGCGGCAAAAUCUGUUGUGGCUUCUGGCAUCACUGCUAUUGCACUGGUUGGGGUAUUUUCGCCGCUAGAUCAUCAUGGCAUCCAUGAAGAAGAGUGCAAGCGAAUUAUACUCGAGGCUGCUCCUGGGUUGCGGGUGGUCUGCUCCCAUGAUAUAGGACCUACGGGUCUUCUCGAAAGAGAAAAUGCAACAAUUCUUAAUGCUGCUAUUCUUAGGACGGGGGAGAAAGUGAAGCAUAGCUUUAAGCGUGCUAUGGCAAGCCUAAGGCUAACAUGUCCUCUUUUCCUUUCUCAAAACGAUGGAACCCUUAUCGAUGUCGAAACUGCCGCCAAGUAUCCCAUCAAAACUUUCGCCAGCGGUCCCACGAACAGUAUGACAGGAGCUGCAUUCCUCGCUGGACUCGACAACAAAUCUCCGUCUGCUUUGAACGACAGCGGUGCCGAUACUGAUGGUAUAGUCGAGCCCCAAGUACUGGUGGUUGAUAUUGGUGGUACUACAACCGAUGUAUGCGCACUGCUGCCAUCCGGCUUUCCGCGCCAGGCUCCCGGAUUCGUUGAAAUUGGAGGCGUUCGGACAGCCUUUUCAAUGCCAGAGGUUGUUUCUAUGGGUCUAGGAGGGGGUAGCAAGGUCGAAACUGCAGCCGAUGGCACAGUCCGUGUUGGUCCUGGCUCUGUUGGACACUUUCUUAAGAAGCAAGCCAAGAUCUUUGGCGGCUCAACAUUAACGGCAACUGAUGUUGUUGUUGCUCUUGGCGAGGCCGAGCUUGGAGAUGCCUCUCUGGUCAAGGAUGUUCCGGAUCAAACCAUUAGUCUUGCUCGACAGGAAAUCAAGAGAAAACUCGAAAGAGUAAUUGAUCAGAUGAAGGUGUCAUCUGCGCCGGUUCACGUACUCCUCGUCGGCGGCGGAGCUCUCCUAGUCAAAGACGGGUUGGAAGGAGUUGAUAAAUGCAUCCACCCUAUUCAUCAGGGUGCUGCUAACGCCGUUGGCGCCGCUAUUGCCAAAGUUUCUGGAGAGGUCGAUACUGUGGAAAUUCUCGAAGGGAAGAGUGAAAAGGACAUUCUCGACGCGGCUUGCGCGAGAGCCAUCGAUCAAGCCAUUGAGAAAGGAGCAUCUCCUGACGACGUGCGUAUUGUCGAGAUAAACAAAAUGCCUCUGCAGUACAUGUCUCAAGUCACCGUCAGAAUCCAGGUUCGCGCGGUGGGCAGGCUGGCUAUUCCAGACGAACCUACUCCGCCACCUACCCCUCCGGCAGGUGAAAAUCCAGAUUACAAGGAGGAAGAAGAGCAUGAGGAGGAAGAUGAAGGAGAAAAAGUCAGCGUGCCAAAUGCCCUUGAGCCGACUACUAAGCCGUCCCUACACGUAGAUUUAGAAACAUAUCGUCCAGAUGUACGGGGUGGGGUCUGGUAUGUCUCAGAAGUCGACUUGGAGCUUAUUUCUACUGGAUGUGGUGUACUUGGCACUGGAGGUGGAGGCUCUACUCAUUACGAGUUUCUCAAAAGCUUGCACGCACUGCGGACAGGUGGCCAGGGUAAAAUGAGGAUCAUUUCUCCCAAGUCGUUGGAUGAUACAGCUCAGGUGUUUUUCGGCUCAUGGUAUGGAAGUCCAAGCGUAAUCAAUGAGCGGCUGUCCUCAGGCAACGAGAUCCCGAGUGGCAUUGAGGCUUCAUCCAGGCUGGCGGGAAAAUCUAUCGAUGCCGUUCUUCCAGAUGAGAUUGGCGGCGGUAACGGGCUUUCAUCUUUUCCUACAAGUGUUCAUUUUGACAUUCCCAUCGUGGACGGAGAUGCAAUGGGCCGAGCAUACCCAACAAUGUAUCAUGUCACUUUCAGUGUAUACGGCCAGUCAUUAGUGCCUUGUGUUCUCACAGACGCUCGCAACAAUGUUAAUGUUGUCAUGAGUACGGACACACCUGAGCGGCUAGAGACGAUACUGCGUUCAUCGGCCAUCGAGCUUGGUCUGAGCUGCGCAGCAUGUGCUGCACCUCUCUCCGGUUCCAUCGUCAAGCAGUACGGAAUUCCUAAUUCUUUAUCACUGACUUGGUAUUUGGGCCGCGCGAUUCAUCAGGCGAGAAGGCAGAAGACAAGUUACAUCGAUGCGAUUUUUGCUGAGUGUGCUGGAAAAGUCCUCUUUAGCGGCAAAAUCGUCGAUGUUAAACGCUAUCUUGGAGGAGGCUACACCAUGGGAUCGGUCAUUAUCGCCCCUCUGAAUAGCGAAGAACGCGAUGCUGCAACUGCCAGCAAACAACAGGCCGCCCCAACCAGUCGACACAUGACAAUACCAUUUCAAAACGAGUACCUCUAUGCUGCUCUUACCGAUGCUCAAGGAUCAGAAGAAUCUCAAGAGAUUGUAUGCACAGUGCCAGAUCUCAUUUCGAUCCUGGGACAAGACGGCGAAGCAAUUGGCUCGCAGGAUCUCAGAUACGGCUUGCGCGUUAGUGUUAUUGCACUUCCUGCACAUCCUCUGUGGAAGAGCGAAAAGGGCAUCAAGGUGGGCGGUCCGGAGGGAUUCGGAUUCAAGAUGCCCGUUGUCGAAGUGGAUAAGAAGUUUACGGAAUCAAGGAGCGUGAUUGAUGAAUUUUCAACAUAGAAAGGGGCAAAGGGAUAGAAAUGUAUCCACGAUGGGAGUUAUCGUUUACCUGUAUUAUACUAUAAGCGAGUGCAAAGGCAUUGAUAGAUAGAUACCACAGCGUUUACAUCAUAUUAGCAUUUUUGUAUUUGUACAUCACUUCUAGAUUUAGUCUGGCGCGAAGACGUAUUAAUUAAACACUGCUGCUUUGUAUAGCAAUCUGUUUAGCAGCUUUUCUUUUUUUGAUCUUUUACUAAUUUUACUAUUUUUGCCAAUGAGUGACCGACCAUACCAGAACAAAUAGCACGUAAAUGAAUGACAAGAGUAGUUAUCAGUCUGUUCUGUCCACCAUUCAAUCAAUCUGUUCAUUUCCUUUAAAAGGCAUUCUCCUGGCGGCGAGUCUCAAAGACGUUCAGGGCUUCUUCCGCAGCCUUGACACCACUAAGAACCAUAGCGCCGAAGGUAGGGCC